AUGGUCAUGGUCAUCAACGAACCAGCAUCCAACCCCAACCGCACCCUCGACAGCUUCAAGACCCUCGCCGCCACCGCCCAGGGCGUGACCCCCGGCGGCGGUGCAGGCGGAGCGGCCGGCGGUGCUGGUGGCGGCGCUGCGGGCGGUGCUGGUGGCUCGACCGGCGGCGACCAGACGGGCAGCACCGGCGGCACCACGCCCACGGGCACCGAGGACGCGGCCCAGGCGACCAUCUCGACGGCGGGCGCGGGUGUGCUCACCGUGCCCGGGGGCGUUCGCGCUGGUGGUGGCGGGUGUGGCAGCGCUUGUUCUUUGAGGAGGGGACCUUCGCACUAG